CUCUCUCUCUUACGCGCGCGCUCCUCCUCGCCAAAACCCAAACUCGCUCGUCUCGUGCACUACGAUUCAUUCACGCGCUGGAUAGAUAACUUCACAAACAUGGCUCUACCGGACACCUCGUUUUUACUCUUUGUGUUUCAACUCUGCGCCUUUUCUUGGCAAGCUUGGACGCUGGUGGAUCUGAGGAUGGAGGACACCGUAGAGGUUUACACGUAUGAGUCUGCAGAGAUUCCCUGUCUGUACUCCUUCACCGAGAAUCCCAGUAUGGUGAUGGUGCAGUGGUUUGUGCGGGGGCCUGGAGGUAAUCGGGUCAGAAUCUCCUACAGCGAUCUGACCAUGCAGAAGGUGGACGUGAACACAAGCUACAGCGAUCGCAUCAGCGUCCGAUCAAACAGCGAUGGAGAAAUUCUGACCGUUCAGGACAUUAAGCUGUCUGAUGAGAGAGAGUUUUUCUGCCAGGUCAGUGGACUGGCAGCGGGCAAUGGAGAGGGCAAGACUCUCUUAAAGGUUUUCGAUGCUCCAGAGAAUCCGGUGAUUGAAGGUGUUCUCUCUGGAGUUUAUGUGUCUAGUGACUCUCCAUCAAAAAUCGCAUCUUGUGAGACCAGAGAUGGUUUUCCCAAGCCAAAUAUCACAUGGUAUCGCGAUCAUACCCCUCUUUACCCUGCUAUUGGCUUGGUGAACGUGGUAACUUUAGUAACAAGAGAAUACAGUGGUCUGUAUACGGUUCAGAGUGAUCUUCACUAUAAGGUGACUAAAGAAGACAAGGACGCACACUUUUCAUGCGAGGUCAGCUACUUUGUCCCAGGAGCCGUCAAGACGUCUAAAUCCACAGGCAUCAAUAUUACCGUUUUUUACCCCACGACAAGCGUCGAGCUGCAGAGGGAAUCGCCCGAGGGUUUGGUCAAAGAAGGGGACACAGUAGAGAUCCGUUGCCAGGGUGAUGGAAACCCCCCAGCAACCAUCACUUUCAACCGGGAACAAUCAGAUGUGGAGCUGGCUUCCGAUCAGGGCGUCCUCAUCCUGAAGGAGGUGUCUCGAGCAGACAGCGGCACGUAUGAAUGUCAUGCUCUGAAUAUGGAUGCACUGGAUCACGAGGAUGUGGGAGAGAGCAUCAAGCUCACUGUACACUAUCUGGACCCUGCUGCGGUGGUGCCCAAAGACUCAGAGAUCAUGCUGAGAGGAGAGAGUCUGACAGCCACCUGCAAUGCCCUGUCAUCAUUAGAGACCUCUACGGUGUGGUUUAAGGAUGGGGUUGAGGUGGAAAGAGGACACGUACUGCAGCUCCACGACGCCACAUUCGACACAGCAGGACAGUAUGACUGUGAGGUGACUGUACCAUUACUCCCGGGCCUACAGACCAGCGGCUUGGUCCAUAUUAUUGUACAGGGUGGACCUCAGAUGAAGGAUGCAGAGAGGGACAUAGAGCUGACAGAGAAGGUGGGAGGGUGGGUAAAUUUAACCUGUGAGGUGAGAGGUCACCCCAAACCCACCAUCACAUGGAGCAUCUCUGGCAGUCAGAGUUGGCUUGAGGUUGUUAAAAGAGAGACUGAGGAUCUGGUGUACAGCGUUGUGACGCUUAAAGUUAGCACGGACACGCUUGCCGUCUGCAAUUCAACAAAUGAUUUUGGGUUUGAGACCAAAACUUACAACAUAAGGAGCAUUCCUUUCUCUCAGACUCCAACAGCGAGAAAAACCUCAGUGGAUAAUAGUGGUGUGAUUAUUGUGGUGAUUAUUGUAAGCAUCUUGUUGUUGGCCAUCCUGGGCAGUGUCUUCUACUUCCUUUAUAAAAAGGGCAAGUUACCGUGUGGACGUUCAGGCAAGCAAGAAAUCACCAAGGAGAAGACUAAUAAGGAUGACAUUGUCGUAGAGAUGAAAGCCAACAAGACAGAAGAGUCUGUGCUAUUAAAAGGCAUCAACGGUGACAAAAAACCACCCAAUGAUCAGAGCACAGCACUGAGCUCAUAAAAUGGAGGACUAAAGAUUUUGUGGAGGACUUAUUGUGGAUGGGUUAUCUUCUCUGGAUGAAGUGGACUGCGGUUAACUUUGGGAUAAACAGGACUCGAGGAAGUUCUUAUUUUGUUGUACUGAUCUCCAACAUGUUUUUCUUUAGUUGUCGACCAAUUCAAGAGCGUCACUGUGUCCUUUAAGAUUUCAAAACGUGUAUAUAUUAUAAAUAUAUUUAGCUAUCGGUCCUAUUUGUGACCUAAUUCUUUGUCCUUUUUAAAGCUCUGUCAAGCAAAUCGUUUCGUUGUUUGGUAUUACAUAGUGUUAAAGAAAUAAUAAACUACCUAAAAGUCUUCAUAGAGGUCUACAGGCAAACAUUUACGAUAAAAACAAACCCUGUACGACUGGACGAUAAACCCAGUUAAUAAACACACGAGGGAUUUAAUUCAUGAUGCUUACUAGUGUGUGGGUUACGGUCCAAUUUCACUGAACUACUGCAGAGCUCAUGUACUGUUUGUAAAUAAGUUUAGGGAAGAAUCUUGUAGCUCCUGGUGUUUUCGACUGCUGAGGGGAAUCGCGGCCGCCCCUGUUUCUGCCUCAACUGCAAUGCCUGCCGAGAUGCGUCUGCAGUUUACUUCAAUGUUAGUUACACUGAACGCUUUGUGUUGUGUCUUGUUUGUUUCGUGCAUGUCUCUGUAUUUGGUGAAGGGAGAGUUAUUUUGUUAAAAAAUAAAAGGUCGUUUUAUAAAAAAGAAGCGUUAGGUUUAAGCCUGAUAAUCUUUGGCUUUUAAGGAAUUGUUUGGAAAGUGCAUUUUCAGGUCUUAAUUAUUGUCUUUGGUUUUAAUGUACAUAGUUUUAUACCUUACAUGUUGUUUAAUAUUGGCUUUUCUGCUUUACAUUUGAGCAACAAGAAUGUGACCCACGUGCCAUCUAUGUGAAUAGGCCAUUCAUGGACAGAUCAUUUUGGCUCAUCCACUAUUAUCUUAUAAAUAAAUUCAGUUUAAUGAGUAUUUAUAACCUUUGCGUUUAUAACUGAUAAACACACCCCCUGUUUUGCAAAAGGUUAUUCAUCUUUAUGUUGUUUAAAGAUUGGUGUGAGCCAUUUAAAACUGUUGUCUGAACACUGAAGCAUUAUUACACUGAAACAUGAAGCUUCGCCUGUUUAUGUGAGGAAAUCAUAUUGGCAUAACACAAGCUGUUGUUGUUGUUAUUAUAGUGUUCACAAACUGUUUUAUGUUUCGAAUUCACUUUUGAUUGUAAAUAAGGUACUUGUGGUUUGUGUUUAUUGCUUGCAUUUUGUAUAUUUUCUAUUGGCCAAAAAUCCAAAUAAAGGUAUGUUACAUUCA